AUGGCCGAUUCUUGUGAAGAAUGCGAAAAUGAAUGGGAUGAUGAUGGAAUAUACCAAAUAGAUGCUUGGCUUGGUACUACUAAUUGUGAAGCCCAGCUCUCUUUAAGCAAUACCCAAUUUAUUAUUAACCCUGUUUCAACAUAUACGGUAAUUACAACACCAUUCUUCCAAAAUGGAACUUGCAUAUCGCCUAUCACAGAUCCAUGUGUUGAUGAAGGAAAUGAAUGUGGUACUACUUGCCAACUACCAAGUGAUAUGUCUUGUUAA